AUGGAUUCAUAAAGGUAGAACGAUAGCCCUCAAUAAUUAGUGUAUCGAGAAUCACAAGAGAUAUUUGGAUUUAAGAAAAGUUCUUAAAAUGAUGACUUUGUCAGAUCACCUCAAAUCUUGUAUGAAUUUUACUCUGAGGAUCCGAUUCAGCUUGAACUUUUUAGAAAUAUGUCAUAAGAGCAGCAACAACAACACUUAAGACAAGAAGAAUCCUAAAGAUUUAUAAAUGUAAUUGAAUAACCUGACCAAACUCAAGAAGAAAAAGAUUCUAAUUUGGGGUUAGAGCAGGAACAAAAUUAAGAACAAUCAAAAAUAAAUGAAUAACACUAGCAGAACAUUCAUACUCUUUAAAAAAAAUAGGAGAAUGAAGAAUAAGCAUUUAAAUAUUUUUAAAUCUUACAGAAUGAUCCCAGUGAAAUCUAAAAAUUACAACAACAGCCUUGCAAUUGCAAGAAUAGUGGAUGUCUAAAGAGAUAUUGCAGAUGCUUUCAUAGCGGUAGAAUGUGUUUAAAAGAAUGCUAAUGUUCAGAAGAUUGUUAGAACAAUGAAUAACAUUAAGAAUAAAGAAAUAAUGCAAUUAUACAUGUUGAUUAAAAGUGUUAUAGAAAUAGAAGGAUGCCUCGAGAUGCUCUAUUUAAAUUGGAUGUAAUAUAUGGAUGUUCUUGCACUAAAUCUAAAUGUAGAAAAAGAUAUUGUGAAUGCUACUUAAGAAAUUAGAAAUGUACAGACAAAUGCAAGUGUUUUGAUUGUUACAUGAAUGGUUUUAAAAUGACCUACCCACCUUUCCUAUGA